GAUACAGUGCCCAAGGCAUUCCGCUUACCUAUAGCGAGAGAGUAGUCGUUGCCUGAGGGGGAAAUGAGAGCGGUUGGAUUGUGUGUUUGCUGUGCGACAGCGAUUCCUUUCAUCUUCUGACAGACCUGCAGCACUUUCUACAGCCGCAGCUGAGCGACUACAGAGAUGCAGUUCAGUGCCCAUGGUUGAGUUUAAAGGCCAUGAUAAGAGAGCAGAUGCAAUUUCCACAUUGUUACCAUUAAGUGAUCUCCACGCACAACUCCUUCGGAUUCUCACCCAGCUGCUAUGGAGAUGCUUUCGCUUUGCACAUGCCAAGGUCUUUGUUUUUGAGCUACGCAGAAGAAAAUGCCACUUUUCCAAAAUUAUUUUGAAGAAUUUUAAAUAAAUCUCUUCAGUUUCAAAGGGCUUUAUAUCAGUAAUGUCAUCUUUUGGCAGUGCAAUCGAGAGAUGGAACAUAAAAAGUACAGGAGUCGUUUCUGGUCUGGGACAUUCUGAGAGAAUAUUGCCUGUAAGAUCCAUUACAUUAGUGGAUUCAGCCUAUAGCUCAUUUUCUGGCAAUUUAUAUAUUCCAGAAUACCAGAACUCAUUUCAGCCUGACAGCUGUCAUUUUAAUGAUGAACAGCUUUCUUACAUGGACGUUGAAUAUGUAAGAGCCAUCUAUAAUCCUAGUGUAGUAGACCAGGAUGGUGUAUAUCAUGAUAUAUUGUCUGAACAUGGAUGCUCAGAAGUAGCUCUGUCUGGAAGAACUGGCAGCACUUUUAGUUGUGACAACACAUCACAUGUUCAUCGAACUUCACCAGCAAAACUGGAUAACUGUGUUUCUAACAUGAGCACUGACCAAGUUAGCAUGAAAUGUAUUUAUGAAGAUCCACUAAAUAUGAAGGAUAGGCAUAAUCACCCAAAUAAUAGCGUAUUUGUGCCUAAUCACAAAGCAUAUGGCCACCAACAAAACAGUCCCACAGAGAUAAACAUUUUGCAGGAAAAAGAAAACCAAAUGUAUAAUCAAUCAAAUUAUAUGGAAAUAAAAGAUAAUUAUUUUGGCAGAUGUUUCGAUGUUAUUCGAGCAGAUGGAGAGAUUGGGACACAAGAUUCAUGUACCCAGAAUUCCCCAUAUUGUUCAGAUGAGUACAGAAUCACACAAUAUGCAGGUACAAAUAGAAUGAGCAAAGAGCAUUUCAAGGGAAACGAUCUACAAAAAACGAAUGAAGAAAACACAGAAGGAGACGGACCAUAUCUGACAAAAGACGGUCAAUUUGUUCAUGGCCAAUAUCUAUCAGACGUAAGUUUUAAAAACAUAAGACCUUCCCAUAAAACGUCUGUGUCAGGAAAAAUUGGUGCUUGUGCCAAAAAAGGUAAUCGCUGGAUUAUGAAGCCAGGUAAAGAAACUCAUUGUUCUAAUUCUGAAGGAACAAUUAAGGACACAGAGUAUGAUGACCAUGAGCAGAAUAUCAGGAAAUCAAGGCUUGGUACAAGGGCAAGCCAAACCUUAUAUUAUGAGUCUAAUGAAGAUGUAUCUUGCCCUCGCUUAAAAGCCAUGAAUUCCAUGAAUGACGUUCUUGAAGUUAACAAUGCACCCAGUUUCCAAAAAGAUGCAACUGUAAAGUCUAUUCCCUUGUUAUCUCAGCAGCUUCAACAGGAAAAACCUAAAAGCCAUCCCCUGUCUGAUUUAAACUGUGAAAAGAUUACCAAGGCAACAACACCUAUGCUGUAUCAUCUUGCUGGAGGAAGGCAUAGUGCAUUUAUAGCUGCUCUAAACAAUACAAAUGCAGCUAAACAAGAAAAACUGAAGCUUGAGUCAAAGACAUUUGACAAAAUGAAUAAAAUUUCUAUACUUCAACAAACCGAACCAAGACCAGAUAACCAUAAACUCCCAAAGAAUAAAAGCCUGACGCAACUUGCUGAUCUCCAUGACUCUGUAGAGGGUGGGAAUUCUGGCAAUUUAAAUUCUUUAGCAGAAGAGUGCUUAAUGAAUGACUACAUUGAGAAACUGAAAGUUGCGCAGAAGAAAGUAUUGAGGGAAACCUCUUUUAAAAGAAAGGACUUGCAGAUGAGUUUGCCUUGCAGAUUUAAGCUGAAUCCACCGAAAAGGCCCACCAUUGAUCAUUUUCGAUCCUAUUCUUCAUCCAGUGCAAAUGAGGAGAGUAGGUUUCUCCAAACAAAAAGCUCUGUUGACAGCAGCUACAAAAAAGAUGAUACUGAAAAGGUUGCUGUUCCUCGAAUAGGAGGACGGAAACGUAUUACAAAGGAACAAAAGAAGCUGUGUUAUUCAGAACCAGAGAAACUAGAUCACCUUGGGAUUCAAAAAUCUAACUUUGCAUGGAAGGAGGAACCUACUAUUUCAAAUAAAAGGGAGAUGAGUGAUUCUGAUAUUACUGCAAACAGGAUAAAGUAUCUGGAGAGCAAAGAACGUACCACCUCAUCUUCAAGUCUUUCUAAGACAGAACUCAAACAAAUCCAGCAUAAUGCACUUGUUGAAUAUAUGGAGAGAAAAACAAACCAAAGGCCCAAUAGCAAUCCACAAGUUCAGAUGGAAAAGACACCAGGAUUGCUAAAUUAUAAUGAAUGGAAUAUCUACUCAUCUGAAACUGGUUCCGUCGAUGCUUCUCAAAAGUACCUACGUAGGAGAUCAGCGGGAGCAUCAUCAUCUUAUGAUGCCACAGUAACGUGGAAUGACAGAUUUAGGAAGAUUUCACCUCUUGGACGUUCAGCAGCAGAGCAAACUGCUGGUUUACAAUUUAGGACUUUUUCUGAUCAGCGCACUUUUGAUGGCAGUCAGGAAACUCUUGAAGGUUCUUCCCCAUCGCUCAGUCAAAAAACAUCAACGUCAACUCAUCAUGAACAGGUUUUAUAUGUAAAUAUAGAGUUUCUUCCCUCAACACUUUCCAAGAGUCACAUUCAUAAUGACCGUGUGAAUUAUUUGUGCUCCUCUGAUAACAGACUGACCAUACCCGGAGACAGCACCAGUGCCGAGUCUGGGAUAAUCUGUGUCUCCAAAAGCAGAGGAAAGUCCAUGGAAGAAAUAGGGACUACAGACAUUGUAAAGCUUGCAGAGCUGAGCCAUAGCUCAGAUCAACUUUACCACAUUAAAAGAUCUGUGAUAUCUUCAAGGCUGGAGAACACAAGAACUGCAGCUGCAUCCCAUCAAGACAAACUCUUGGCCAGCACUCAGAAUGAGACUGGAAAUCUGACCAGACAAACACACCAAGAAAGUGUUCUGGGACCCCGCAGAUCAGAUUUAGCAAAUUUAGAACAGGAGGCACAUUCCUGGCCUUUGAAAGCUAGUGCCGUUUCCUCAGAUAGAGAUAAUUCCUGCUCUUCAUCUCCUUCGGCAAAGGUUCAACCCUGGGCUUCUGAGCCUUUGCAAUGCUUAGAAACAGAAGAUGAGGUCUUUACACGAGCCAGCAUUGUCAGAAAUGAAGAGUCCAGCUCCAGUGCCUUUAGCUAUCUGCACAACACUGGAAAACCUGUGUCUGAAGGGGAAGCUACUGCAUUAUCCUUUUCUUUCUUACCUGAGCAGGGUCAUCUAGAACACCUGAUUGUCAGUGAAUCUGCAACAAGCUCUGAAGCUGGUGUACAUGUUUUGGAUGAUGCUGCUGAGAAAGAUAUGAUAACGCAACAUCCUGAGACUUCAAAAGUCGACAAGCCACUUGACUUAACUGCUGAUAAUCGAGAAGUUGAAGGGGAUGGAGAACUUAUGCAACCAGAGUGUAUAGACAGCUCACAGCAGCUCGAGUUGAGUUCCCUUCCUUCCAGCCAGGUUAACAUAAUGCAGACUGCAGAGCCUUAUCUUGGUCAUGACAUAAACAGCGGAAAUGAAGAUACCAUGGAGCAAAAAACAGAGGACCUUGAGCAGAAAAGUAAGAAUCCAGAAGAAGAAGACGAUUUACCCAAGGUGAAGUUAAAAUCUCCAGAAGAUGAAAGACGAGAGGAACUAGUUAAAGAGAUAGUUGCCAAGGAUAAAUCUCUCAUGAAUUGUCUCCAGCCUGUUUCUGUCCGAGAAUCUGCAAUUAAUAUCAUGAAAAGCCUCUUCCCUAUGGACUUCACUGCCGUAGAAAAAUCUAGAACUAGAGGACUUCUUGGAAAAGACAACAGGGAAACAUUAAGGAAAAACAACUCGGACCUUGAAAGUAUCUCUAAAUUUCCUUCAAAAAUAACAACGUUGCUUCAGAAGAGUUGUGUGCAGAGGCCAGAUGGGGAAAGCCUAGAUGACAUCACUUUAAAGAAAAUGGAACUCCUUUCCAACAUUGGUUCCAAGCUAGAAGAUCUUUGUGAGCAGAGAGAAUACCUUUUAUCUGAUAUCUGUAAGAACACAACAAACGGCAAUAAUAUGCAGACUAUAGUAAAAGAGCUGUGUAAGCCCAAUGAGUUUGAGCGCUACAUGAUGUUCAUUGGGGAUCUAGAGAAAGUGGUGAGCCUGCUAUUUUCCCUGUCUGCAAGGCUGACUCGGGUUGAAAACGCUUUAAGCAAGGUCGAUGAAAAUACAGAUGCAGAAGAGAUGCAAUCCCUAAAGGAGCGUCACAAUCUCCUGUCCAGUCAAAGAGAAGAUGCCAAAGACCUAAAGGCAAACUUGGACCGCAGGGAACAAGUCGUCACAGGAAUCCUUGUAAAAUACCUGAAUGAGGAACAGCUGCAGGACUACAAGCACUUUGUGAGACUGAAGACCUCACUCCUGAUUGAGCAAAAGAACCUUGAGGAGAAGAUAAAACUGUAUGAGGAGCAGUUUGAAAGCAUCCAGAAUAGCAUCCCACCAUAAUCACAAGCCAACACAAGAUUAGCCCUUACUCUUCCCACCAUCCACCCACUACAAUGAAAAUUCUCUCUGGGUUUCGUGUCAUUGAAAUUUCUCGGUGUUGAUUAAACUGCUGCUAAAACUUAACGAGGUUAAUUCUCGUUCUCCUGUGUUUCGACGGGACUUGCUAAAGGCCACUCUGACAGUGUUAAUCCAGUUUCUUGGCAAGAAAGAGAUGGGGUGGAUACUACGCAAGUUGGACAGCGGCUAGCUAGAAUUGUGUGCCUUUUUAUUUUGCAUAACUUAUCAAUGUUUUGUCUUUUUCAAUGUUAUUGACGACUAACAGUGUGUCCUUGUAAUUUGGAUUCCUGAGAAAAUUAUUUAAAUAAAAAUGUUUGUUUCUG